AUGUAUCAACAUGCUUAAAACAAGUAACAUUAACAAAACUAGAUUAUGGUCAUAUAGUAGUAGCACAAAUAUAAUUAGUACUAGCAACAGUAGUAAAAUUUUUAUCACAUGAGUCAACCGCACUCGCAUUCAAGCUCAAUUCAUUUAAGUACUUUUAACAACCAUUUAAACAAUAAUGCGAGCAAUAUUAACAACUAAAAUGCUUUGAAUAUGAAUCACAGUAACAAUCAUCACCAAAAUAAUAAAUAUAACAAAACAUAAAAGUAGGAUAAUUAACAAAAUGCUAAAUCAAGUGACACAACUCCAAAAUAAUUUGUUUCAGAAAUAGAAAAAAAGCUUCUGCAUUACAUUCCUAGCUUAAUUCAUGAUUUAAGGAAUCCUCUUUAAUAGCUUGUAGCGUGUAUUGAGCUUUACAAAUAAUAAUUAAAUUAAAUGUAGAAUCCGCUUUAUGAAAUUCUUUUACACAGUGUAACUCAUAUGAAUGAAUUAAUUACAAAAUCUCUGACUACCUUUAAAAAGAUCACAGAGCGCUAGGAUGACGGUUAAAUUUGCGAGUUUUAGUAUAAUAGCAUAGACAUAAGCAAAUAUUUAGAGGAAUUUUGGACAAACAAUCUGGCCAUAGCUGAAUAAAAAUCCAAUGUAGAUUAUUAAAUUUUAGUGUAAUCAACCCUUCCUCAUUAUGUAAAUAUACCUAAAUUAGAAGUUACUCAAGUUAUUUAGAAUCUCUUUUCAAAUGCUACUAAAUUUACAGAAAAGGGUUCUAUUAAGUUAAUUGUUAGCUUUCAUGAAAUGCCUGAAGAUGAUAAUAUAUAUUGCAAUUCAGGAUAGUAAGACAAUUCUACCACUCCUGCUAAUUAACAUGAAGAAAUCCAAACAAGCUGUAAAAAAGCUCAUAUUGAGCAUGGUUAAAUCAACAAACAUUUAGAUUGUGGAAAAGAAAGCAGUCCUUUAGAUUAAGAUGUAUCAAUAGCUAUCGAAGGGUAAUAAAAAUCACAUUUCCAGUAGUAAAACUAAAUCGAUUUCUAAGAUUAAAACGAAGUUAGGCAGAUAGCUAUGUCAUUAGGAAAUAGAGCAAGUGUCAAUAAUGCUCCAAGUCAACAGCCUUAAUUUUGCAGCGCUACACACAUACCAAACUUAAAAAGUAAGGAAAUGCGUUUCGCUAUGCUUUAGUAAAAGCUGUAAAGCAUUACUUACUAAUUUGAUAAAUUAAAAUAUUCUCAAUAGUAAGACAAUGAUUAUCAGCUAAACACAGAAGAAGAUGUAGAAGAGGACUAUUCGGAGUCUGAAAACAAUUUGCAAAAUGCUCAUUUUGCUCAUUCUUACUCAAAUAACCAAAAAAGCAUGGAUGAGUACUAUGAGUAUUUCUAGAAUAAUAGCUUAAACCCUCAUAAUUAACAUAAUAAAUUAAAUUACAACGGACAUCAAAAGAAAAAAUUAUUCAGCUAGUACAAUUUUUCUACUUAGUCACAUUUAAAUUCACUUUAGCCUAGCAAGCAAUCAAAUAAUAACAAUACUAAUAAUAAUGGUUCAACUCCAAAUAACUAAAAUGCAAAUACAAUCGGACAGGACAAUAACUCAAACAACAUACACUCAUUUAAUUAGAUAGAAAACAGUAAUACCUCAUCUACCUCCCGCAGUUGUCACAAUUCUACACCUCCUACAUUUUAGAUUCACACCUUUUCAGACAUUCAAAACCCAAGAAGUUCUAAUUAGUAGCAUUCAAAUAUGAUAAAGUCGCAAUAGCUCACAUCUUCCUCUAAGUAGAAUGCAGGCGAAAAUGGUAUUGCUGGAAUUGAUCAAGGUAAACAAUAUCAUACCCCAUAAAUGAACUCGAAAAAUGACUUUUAUUCUUUGAGAAAUUAAGUAUUUAAUCAGAAAAGCUAACAAAAUAUGAGAGAGUAAAAAGCAGCUUAGUCCUAAAUUACUCAGUAACUUGUAAAAGAAUUAAAAAACAAGAAUUUUUUGAUUGAAUGUCCUUCUCCGGAAACAACAAGCAUGAAUUCGCAGUCUAAAAAUGAAUUCCAAGCUAGAGACAAUAUGAAUUCAUUUUACUCUGAUGUUAAUCCCGAAGUCAAAAAUCUACCUGGAUCAGCUGAUUUGGAGGGAUAAAAAUCUAUGAAAUUAUCUGCCGUAAUGAAACAGCAAUAAAUGAAUAAGUAAAAUAAAGUUAUAGGUUAGGGAUGCAUCUAAAAUUCCUACUACUACAAUUAUUAAUAGAAGUAAACGUCAUAGUCUAGUGGAGAUCUCAGAUCUGUUAAAAAUCAGUUUUUUGUAGGUCCUAUCCGUAACCCUGCAUUAAUUCAAUCAAAAUAAUAGAAAUCAAUAGAGCAGUAGCAAGAAGAUCAAAUAAAUAGCUAGCAGAAUCAUAAUAAAUCUAAUCAUUCUCAAAACUAUGAAAAGCUUCCAAAUAAUAAAGAAUAUUGCUAAAUUUUCUCGAAAAGAAAAUCAUAAAUCCAUCCUUCAAUUAGGGAUUUAGUUUUUAAUAGAAAUAAUAUUCGUAAUUUUCAAAUACGCCAAGUUGCAAAGAUUUAAGGCUAUUUGAAAUUUGAGAUUUUAGAUACUGGAAAGGGAAUGGAUGAGAAUGAGCAAAAAAAGAUAUUUGAUAUUUACUAAUAAGCAAAUAAUUCUAUAAAGGAGCACUACGGUGGCUCUGGAAUUGGAUUAUACUCUGCAAAGAAUAUAGCUAACCAGCUGAAUGGAGAUAUAUUCUGCCACUCUCAAAAAGGAGUUGGCUCAGCAUUUAUAUUCUACAUGCCUUGUACUGCCACAUACAAAACUGAAUCGAACGAAGAAGAUUCUAUAGACCAAUUUCAAUUUGAAAAAAUAAAAAAUCAAAACUCUUCAUAAAAAAACUAGAUGUAUGGUGGUAAUGGUGAUUAUUAACAUUUUUAGGAUAAAACUUAGCUUAACAUAAUAAAAACUACUUCACAAACUGAAAAACCAGCUUACUCCAAUUAAUUUAAUCUAAGCAACGGGUAACUAAAAUCAAACUAAGAUAAGCAGCAGCAGCUGCAAAUUUCAUAAAUUAAGCAAGGACUUAAAAUAGCUGAUUCAUUUAAUUAAAAUCUAGAUCAGUAAAAUAAAUUAGUGCUCACAAAGUAAUAGUAGACUAAAUUAAAUAAAUCUCCGUCUGAUAAGAAAGAAGAAGAAAUUAAAAUUUUGAUUUCCAAGUUAGAGGAAAGGAAAAAAAAGAUUAGAGUAAUAUACAUAGAUGACAGCCAAUUCUUAUUGUAAGCUAUGGAAAAAAUGCUAUCCAAAAUAAAGUGCGUCGAAUUAAUUAUAGAAUAAAAUCCAUUAAAGGCCCUUCAAAUUAUAAAACAAAACCCACAAAAAUUUGACAUAGCACUCAUAGAUCAUGAAAUGCCUGAGUUAAAUGGAAAGAAGCUAGCUUCUGAGAUAAAAUUGAUUAAUAGCAGUAUAAAACUCAUUUGUCACUCUGGAUACGAUGCUACCAGUGAAUUUACAUAAGAAUGCAUUCAAAGUGGCUUUUCUUACUUCUUGUAAAAGCCUUCUUACUUAGAAAACAUCGUUGUCCUUUUUUGCAAAAUUUUAAACAUAGAUUUCCAAAAUUUAAAAUAAAUUAACACAUCUCUUCAGCCUUUAAAUAUUCUGACAAAUAACUGA